GUAUCCACGGCCCCGUUAUUGCUGGGUGCUCGACGCUAAUACCUUGGCAGGUCACCUUGGCUGUCGUGGGCACAACAGUGGGCUUCUAGCCGGGUGCAUCUGACUCUACGGAGCCGGCAUGUCCAUCGGCUAGCUAUGCUCAUCCGUCCAUGACUUCCUUUAUUAAUGCUUGUAUUACUGCUUACACCUUUACGCCCUCUCGGCGGCUACGCCUGCCCUUGUUCUCGAUUGGAUCGAUCUUUGCUUUCACCGUUUGGAGUCGAUUCCUCCAUUUAUACCCCCUUCCCUUCGCAUGCUACCUUCCCCCAUACCCUGCGCGCUUGAUCUUGCCGCAUCUCUAUUCCCCGCGGCUGCUUGGUUGCUUCACUUUCUCAAAACACUCGACACGACUGGACGACGUAAUGUUUCUAAUGUUCUUUUCUUUUGUGCUUUAUAUUCCACAUGGUGUUUUGGACUCUGUGUCAGCCCGCCCUUGGACCAUGGUUUGGUGGACUACGGGGUGGUUCAAUCUGGGAGCGUGAGGCGACGGACUAACUAAUCGGGGUUCACGACACUUGAUGGAUAUAUGCCUUUUUCCUUUUUUCUUAU